AACAUUAGCUCACAUUUUGAGAAACCAAACACUUCUCCUAACCCAUGCAUAGAUCCUGAUGCCAUCGGAGUAGGCGAAAAUGGAUGACAGUCGUCGGAUCAUACUAGAUUUGUUAGGAUCAUGCCAGGAUGCUUUUGGGUUUUGAUUCUUCUUUUGAUUUGAAUUAGGAGUAUCUUCACCCUUUGGCUAUAUCAAGGUGUUCUUACAGCCAAGAUGGCCACCUUUGACAGCAACUCGACCAACCUGAACAACUACAGCGCCUUCUACUGCAAAUUCAAUGAGGAUUUUAAGUAUAUUCUCCUUCCUGUCAGCUACGCCCUGGUGUUUGUGAUCGGCCUGGCAUUGAAUGCCACAGCACUGUUUGUGAUUGUAUUCCGCACUAAACGAUGGAAGCCCUCUACAAUUUACAUGUUCAACCUUACCAUGUGUGACACGCUCUACAUCUUCACCCUGCCCUUCCUCGUCUAUUAUUAUGCUGAUGAGAACGACUGGCCUUUCAGUGAACCACUGUGCAAGCUCAUACGCUUCCUGUUUUACGCCAACUUAUAUGGUUCCAUUCUGUUCCUGUGCUGUAUCAGUCUACAUCGCUUCAUUGGCAUCUGUUAUCCUGUACGUUCAAUGAACUGGGUGAGUGCACGUCGGGCCAGACUGGUAUCAGUGGCAGUGUGGGCUAUUGUUUUGUUCUGCCAGGCACCUGUUCUCUACUUCUCCAGAACCAGGGACCAGGCUACUGAGCGGAUCUGCUACGACACCACAAGCCCAGAGCUCUUUGAUGACUUCCUGGUGUACAGCUCUAUUGUGUCUGUUCUCAUGUUUGCCCUGCCCUUCAUGGUGGUGAUGGUGUGCUAUGGCCUCAUGGUGCGGAAGCUUCUGGAGCCUGGCUGGGGCUCUGAAGGAGGACCUGAUGGUGAGAGGGGGGGACUGUCAGCUCAGCGCUCCAAGCAGAAGUCAGUUAAGAUGAUUAUCAUUGUGCUGGCAGCGUUCAUGCUGUGCUUCCUCCCCUUUCACCUCACCAGGAGUCUUUACUACUCCUUUAGAUACCUGAGGCAGAUCAAUCCAGCACAGAUCAGCUGUACUUUGCUAGAGGCCUCCAGUGUGGCCUACAAAGUGACCCGGCCUUUAGCCAGCGCCAACAGCUGUCUAGACCCUAUUCUUUACUUCCUGGCUGGGCAGGACGCUCGUAGCAACCUCACGAAGAAAACCAAGGCAUCUACAUCAAAAGCAAUUAAUGUGAGCCAACGCUUGACAACACAAUUAUGA